AACGACAACUCAGCGCAAUCAACAUCCGCCUCCACAAGAUCAUCGACAACAAGAACAAUAUCGAAUAACAGUAAAUCAGCGCAUAGGCGCAAUUCAGCGGCCGCUUCCCGCAAUCUGUUGAAUAUCGCAGAGUUUCGUAAAAAAUUUGGCAAUCAUGCUAAUGGCGCGCUCUAUCACCACCACUUACAACAACAACAACAACAAACGGCAGCAGCAAUGGCGACUGUGGCGUUCCAGCAACGCCAACAACAACAGCAACACAAUCAGCGGCAGCAGCAGCAUAAUGAGCUGCAACAACGUUUGCAAGCGCAACGACUGCUACCGCCGCCACCACCACCACCACCGCCUCCACAUAUGGUUUGGCCACCGUUGAACGGUUCUGGUAUGGCUGGUAUGUUGCCGCCGCCUCUCAAUCAGCAACAACAGCAUCGGGCACAAGCGUCGCCUUUGCCACCACCACCGCUGUUGCACGGCACACACGAUAUGCCGCAUCUUAGCGUGAGCGAGCCGCAACUAUACCAUCAACAGCCUAACCAAAUUGUGGACCAAGCGCUGCUGACACCACCACGUUUCGCCGGACCACCCAUGCAAACGAUGCCGCCCACAAGUACACAUCAACAACGCCAGCAAUACUUCGACUUCUUCAAUAAUAAAAUGGGUCUGCUGAAUUGAUGGUCAAUAUAGCUGAAUAAAUUGUAAGCCAGUAGCUGAAUCGCUAUAAAUCGCUGCUUAUGCUGUUACUGUAUGGCCGAUUCCACCAAUUCACGGCUGAAUAGUGCAUGCUCGUAUUCAGCGCUCGAUUUAAAUAGCCCACGUUUGCACGUUUGCAAAAUGUGUACACCAGUCAAAUUGAAAUUUAUAAGACGUAAAUGGAAUUCCGCACUUAAGCUCGUACUUAAGCCAUAACUAGUUUAAUACUCGUAUUUAGCCGAAUAAGCUCAAAAGCACAUUCGAAAACCAAAUGCUCAUUACAAUGUCGUUAGUGUAGUGGGGAAAUAACCUGUAAGCAAGUUUUUUUGAUUAUUUCUUCUUCGAUUUUAACUAAAAAUUCAUUGUGCAUAAAUAAUUUUGGGUAAGAAUUUAAUUUUUGUGCAGGCACAGAAGCUCGUAGCAAAAGGAUAAUAUUGAUUUUUAAUUUAAAGUGUGUUUUUUAUAAGCCGCAACUUAUUAGUUUUAAAAAUUAUUUGUUUUUAAGAAGCAGCCGGUAAUGAUUUGAUGUUUGUACAUUCUCAAAUUUAAACAAACUUGUUAAAUCUCGUUUUUUGUUUUCAUAAAAUGAGUAACCUUUCGGUUUAAAGAAUUUAUUAUUAUUACUUUUUCGUAUAGGUUUGAAAUUUUCGAAUAUUUUCGUGCAUUCACGAGCAAAUUCGCUGGCCAGUACCAAACAAAUACUCUAUUGAAGUUGAUGUUUAGUUUUUAAUUAUGUUUAUUUGUAAGUUUCUAAAUAUAAUUUAGUUGAAGGAAACAAGUAUUUCUUAUUUU